UGAAAAAGUCUUUUAUCGCAACUAAAAUGGAGAAACUAGCUAAAGUGGAUAGAAUCGAUAAACUAAAGCAGCAUUCAGUGACAUUCAUUAAAAGGUGCUUUAUAGUGCUGUCAGUGCUGACAGCAUUUCUGAUACUUUCGUACAUUCCAACUUACAAAAAAUAUGGAUUUAGUAUCAAUGUAAGGAGCAAACAAAUAAGAAAAGUGGCAAGAAGAUUAAUGUAUAAGGCAGGGUAAAUUACAUCACUCUUACUUGGAUUAUCCCAAUGAGAUUUCGAGUAAAGAGGCCUUUCGAUAUGGAGGCUGACGGAAAUGACAAAUACUGGAUCAGGCAGAUCGAUGUGAAGGAUAGAUUUAAACGGGACAAGGUAAUUCAUGAUAUUGCUACGGACUUGGGAAUAGGAGAAAAGUUCCCUCUUGUCCAAGCGAACACAGUGACUGAAAAGAUCAAGGACGAUAUCAAGAAAAAGAUUGCAUUCCCUCCCGAGUAUCUUAAAAUGAAACAUCCACCAAGACCCCAUGUGCCACAAUGUGAUGUCACAAAAUUACUUGAUCAUAAAACCACUAUUCUAUCCUAUUCUUUAUCGCAGUUCAGAAGUACAAGUAUCAAAUUAGAUGGACUCUUCAAUGACGGUGGACGGAUCAAUAUAAGAACGACUACCUCUGCUGAAGACGUUGAACAAGGAAAUUAUAAUAAUAACAUUAAGCUAAACUUGACAUUGUUUGCUCAAUCCGACGAUCUCUUCAAACACGUUUCCGUAGCCCAAAUAGAAAACCAUGAUUCAACGUCAAAAACUGUUCACAUCAAUAGUCACCACCAUUUAGGAUCAUGUCUAGUGUAUAAUCUAGAUAUCAUAUUCCCAUCAACACUUGCUUCUUACAAGGACUUUAACUUGAUUGCAAAUCAUGCAACUAAAAUUAGCGGCGAUUUAAAUUCCAUUGUUUUUAAGAAAUUCAGAGUUGGUGUUGGAAGAGGUGCUAUCGACUUAAAGGAUGUCAAAAGCGAAGAAAUUAUGGUGGGUACAUUGAAUGGCAUUGUACUCGGUAGCUACCAACCUACGCAAAAGUUAGGCAUCGCAGCCGUCGAGGGUGCUACCAUGGUUGAAAUAUUGCCCAGAUCAAAGAAUUUAAAAUCAACCGUUGUAACUUUAAAUGGACCUGUCAAAGCAAUUAUUUCUGAUGGCUUAAGUAAGAGCAGUAGGUUCAUAACGCAUUGUUGGUUCUGCCAACCUUCAGUAGAGUCAAAAAACCCAGAACAGGUCCAUGUUACUUCAUCAAGACGAAAAAUGAUUAAAAUCGGUUACUUUAAUCAAACUUCAAAUGCUCAUAUAAAUGUUCAUUCAAGACACGGAGAGUCUAAAUUAGUAUACAAUUAAAUAGUAAUAAAUGUCUAUAUUAU